ACAGACAGGAGGGAUCAUCGGGGAGCCCAGGAGACCAGAAUAUGGAUCCCGUGGACAGUAGCACCAAUGAUUACUCCAACUAUGAUUCCAUAACCCUGGAUCCCAGCACUCCUGUGGAUAAUGUUUCCAACACACUGCACAUUCCCGAUGUCCUGGCCUUGAUCAUCUUUACAGUUGUCUUCCUGGUGGGAGUGCCGGGCAACACCCUGGUGGUCUGGGUGACGGCAUUCGAGGCCAGGCGAACAAUCAAUGCCAUCUGGUUUCUCAACCUGGCGGUGGCCGACCUCCUCUCCUGCCUGGCACUGCCCAUCUUAUUUGUAUCCAUUGUCCAGCACGGCCACUGGCCCUUUGGUGUGGCUGCCUGCCACAUCCUGCCCUCCUUAAUCCUGCUCAACAUGUAUGCCAGCAUCCUGCUGCUGGCCACCAUCAGUGCUGACCGCUUUGUGCUGGUGUUCAAUCCCAUCUGGUGCCAGAACUUCCGAGGGGCUGGCUUGGCCUGGGUGGCCUGUGGCGUGGCCUGGGCCUUGGCCCUGCUGCUGACCAUACCCUCCUUCCUAUAUCGUGCGGUGCAUGAAGAGCACUUCCCACCCGGCGUGUUCUGUGGCGUUGACUAUGGUAAAAACGGUCAGCGCAGGGAGAAAGCCGUGGCCAUCGUCCGGCUGAUCGUGGGCUUUCUGUGGCCGCUGCUCACCCUCACCAUCUGUUACACCUUCCUUCUGCUCCGGACAUGGAGCCGCAGGGCCACGCGGUCCACCAAGACACUCAAGGUGGUGGUGGCAGUGGUGACUAGCUUCUUUAUCUUCUGGCUGCCCUACCAGGUGACAGGGAUGAUGCUGGCCUUGCUCCAGCCGUCCUCAGACAUCUUCCAACAGGUGAGCAAGUUGGACCCUCUGUGCGUCUCCAUCGCCUACAUCAACUGCUGCAUCAACCCCGUCAUCUACGUGGUUGCGGGCCAGGGCUUCCAGGGCCGGCUCCGCAGGUCCCUCCCCGGCCUGCUCCGGAACGUGCUGACGGAGGAGUCCGCGGUCAGGGAGAGCAAGUCUUUCACACGCUCGACGGUGGACACGUCGGCUGAGAAGAGCCAAACGGUGUGAGGGGAGGCGUCCCAGGUCACCAUCCGCCUGAGGCUCUUCCCCGGUGGUCACCCUCUUUCUACUGAUUUCAACUCAGCUCUUGGUGAGGUGGCGUUGUCUUGGUGACCUCUGCUUCCUUCCUUCUCUUUCCCAGACUUGUCCCUCCUCUUCCAAACUAACUCUUCUCAUCCUACUCAUCCUUCCUCAUUUCCAACAUUAACGCUUCCUUCUGGGGACACCAAGCCUGUCUUUCCAUCCAAGUCUUUUGAAACACAAACUGAAACCGAUGUACCUGGGAACCUCCAUACAGCAACGCUCGUGCGUGUAGCGUUCAUCAGAACAUAUCGAAUACACACAAAUAGAAACGUUCUCACUUUCUAAAAAAUAGGCACGUAUUUAUUUUAUGGAGAGUUGGGAAAAAAUUGUCACCGGCACCUCAAGUUAUUCUUGCUUAGGAGGAUAGAGCAAAAGUCCAUAGAUCUAGCUAAGCCGUUGUGAGUUGAUUUAAAGAAAUACAUUCAGUUAAAAUGUUACUUAAUUGGGUUUUUAGAAAAAGUGUUAAGUAAGCAGAUGUUAUUUGGUCAUGGUAAAAAGUGUGCGGAAGGCACGCCUACAAUGAUCCGGGUUGGGGAACAUUGGCCGGGCAGAGGCACAUCCAGCAGUGGCUUCCUGGUAUGGGGACAUGGGAGAACUUGACUUUUUUACUUUGAAAACUGCUUUGUUUAUGCUUUUUAAAAAAUUAGGGCUGGCCUGGUGGCGCACUCGGUAGAG